AUGCUCCCAUGGGAGCGCCUUCGCCGCCACCCAAGGGACCGCCGCCUGCCGCCGGAGAAGAUUCCAAAACUGUGCCCGCCGCUGCAGCUUUCGCCGUCGCCACCGUCACCCGAGAAGAUUCCGAAACCGCCCCGCCACAGCAGCUUCUGCCGCCGCCGGCUGCCUCCCCUGCCACCGCGCCAGGCCGGAGAAGAAAGGAAACUAAGAGAAAAGGCCACCGCCGGCGCCUGCCACCGCUGCUGCCGCCCCGCCGGGGAAGAAGCCGCUGGUGUUGCCCCCAGUCCCCGCUGCUGCCGCCUGCCGGAGAAGAAGAAGAAGAAAGAGAGGGCUCCACCUCAGCCGCUGUUGCCGUACGCCGGAGCGGAAGCCGCCUGCGUCGCCACCGCCUGCCGGUGA